CAACUCUCGAAUCCUAAUCACCAGUUGCCACAUUGAGCAACAUAAUGGCAUCACUCGCUGCGAACUCCUCGUCCUCGACCGCUACGACGACGACGACAACACCGGCUGCCAAUCCGCCGAGACCGAAUUCGGCUUCGACAACAUCCACCACAUCAGCCACCAAUUCCCUUGCGAAACCCUCUUCGAAGCAGUCUCAGAAGACGGCAUGGCGGAUCGUCAACAAGCUGCUGCCAUCGUCAGGAGCGAUACAAAUAUUCAUCGGUCUUGUGGGCUUGAUCCUCACGAUAUUGGGCAUACAAUGGGCAGUUCAGAGCUACAACAUGGCACGUUGGACGGAGCUCAAGGACUUCCGAGACGAUUGUCGUAGCGUUCAAGCUUCUGGGGGUCCUUUCUCGACAGCUUGCGAGAAUGCGCUGCGGAAGGCAUUGGAGCCUCCGCCUUAUGCACCAUCUUCCUACUUCAGUCGAAUGGGAAAGCGUGACUUCGAUGUGACUUGGGCGAGGGGAAAGGUAUACGAGGUGACGCUUAAGGUGGUGCGAGUUUCGAGGAUGGUAUGUCGAUGGCUAUUGCUUCGUGGGAAUGUCACGUUGUUGGCUGGAGUCCACUCACUCGAAAGUACAAAUGCCGUUACAGUGGUGCUCCAGGCCGUUCGCCAAGCCUGGAAUAGGGCUACCAUUGCUGCUGAGCAUGUUGGUCUCUCCAGGGAGAUUAUACAAAGUGCUUGUCAGCUGCUUCUUUCUAUAUGGGAUAGUGCUCGUAUCCUACAGGUAUUGAUUGCUUCAGCUUCUCAGCGGGAAAGGCAUCAGACGACCGAGUUUGCUCAUUGUGCGAAAGCCCUAUCCAAGGCUCUCUUACCAUGGUCAAGAGGUCUCUCAUUGUUUUUCAAUAACAACAACAUCCGCAAAUUUGCCUCUUUCUGCUUUCAUCCAUGGACUUUCGACAGCGUUCUCUUGCUCCUAUCAACCGUGCGGCGUUUCCGAUCCCACAAGGACAACGACUAUUACGCCCUUUUUAUUCUUAUUCUAUUAGUACAUCACUUAAUCCUUUGGCCGUUCUGGUGCAACAAUUGCCACGGUGCGUGGUGGAGAAUCAUCAGCUUAUUAUCUGACUCCACUUGUUGUGCUCUCAUCUUCAUACAACAAGACAAGAAUAAACGGAUGUCCUCUAAUGACGAUGUGUACUCUCACGCGAGAAAUAUCGCCAUGGCCAUGAUCGGAAUCGAACUCGGGUACGAUCUUCUCUUGCUCGUAAACGGGUUUCGUCGUUCGUUUGCCACAUUCGGUAUACUCUUUGCAACUGCCGUAUUCUUCGUCAUCUGCUUCCUUAUUAACCUUAAGCGUCGAGGAAUCGGAAAGAACAUCUAUGAUGUAUUGGAUGGUGUUAGUGUGAUGCUGCUUGCUCAUUUCGUUGAAACCUGCUUUAUUACAUAUUGUUCUAGUAUUUUGGGGAUGGGCUGGUCGUUGACAAGUCCUUGGCUCUUGACGUAUGGGAUGGUGGUUAGCACAGUUUUGUUUUGGAUUUCUUAUACGGUUGAUAUCUGGGCAAUGUUCACGUUUAGUGUUUUGAGAGUGUGUCCAUUGAAACUGAGGACUAGGAAAGCCUACAGGUCUGUUACGAGCAACCGCAGAAGCAGAAAAACAGCCAGUGGAAGUGCUAAUUCGAUUGAGGGAAAAAAAAAGGAGAACCAGGACCCCGGACAUAGUGAAUAUGUUGCAAAAGGAAAGAAAAAGAAGUACCCACGAAAGUUCGACGAUGGAGACAGGGUUUGCCUGAGGGUGGCGACCAUGGAGGCACCAGACUUGUCCGAUAUCGUGUUUAAUGUAAAGCAAGCCCGCUAUAAGCAGGUGAAGGAGGGUUGGGUGUACGAAGUACAAGAGCAAGAUAAAGAAGGAUUUUGGCAUGGUCGCACCAGAUGGAAAAAGGAGAAAGCCUUGAAACACGCUAAGUGAACGGGCGGAGGUGUGCUUGAUUAGAGGGCUAGUUGGUGAUAGACCUAAGGAUCCUUCAAAGAAGAAUCCUAUCUAUAUAAAUAUUUCAAUAACUC